AAUAGAAAUAAAUUAUUGCAAUAAAACGUAGAAAAAAACAUUGAGAAAAAAGCGGUGGCACCAUGUGGAAAAUAGUGAAUGAAUAAAUAAAUUUCGCAAAUGGUUAACGAAGAACCGGCUUGAGGCUGCUUUUGGAAAAUUGAGUAAAAGGCAAACUAAGAAAGCCAUAAAUUUGGAAUUUAGGAUCAGAUAGUGGUUUCCAUUUAUAAAGCUUACCAGAAACUCGAACAAAAUUUCUAUAUUUUCCUUUCAUGUUGGGGAAGAUUGUGUUUCGGGAACAUCUGCAAGGAGUGAAUGAGGUGUAACUUUGUCUAACAAGAGACAAAAUUGUGUCUAGGUAGAUUUAGGGAUUAAGAGAUAAACGGGUGAAUAUUUUUCUGUCUGAAUUCCGUAACAAUUUGUUGCGAAAUGACAUGAAAUGAUGGGAAUAUUACACUGUUAAGUUUAUGAAUGGAUAUGAUUGGUAAUAGUUUACUAAUUGAUUUUGAAGUGUUUAUCUCUGAAAUGCAUAAGUGAGCAGACAUUUUCAUGACUAUGAAUGUUGUUAAAUAUACAGAAGAAAUAUAUAAAUCUGAUAAUGGCGUAAUAUUACACUAUAUUCUUAAUGGAAUAAGAGGAAAUCGUUAUAAAGUUUUACUUUGAAAUUAUUGCUUAUUCAGAAAUAUCAGAUUUGUGCGGAGACUUUAAUUUACCAUUUAGGUGGAUGUAAAGACAUUGUGUAAAUAUUACUCAUGCGUCUUUGGAUAAAUAUAAAAUGCUAGGAGUCAGAAGACAUAUCAUCGUCGGAAUAAGGAUAGGAUAUGAACUAUCAUACACCAUUAGAAUGUACUAUAUUUUAUCCUCUAGCACCGAAGGAUGCAAAGUUUUGUAUUCGGCAACGCAUUUGGAUAAUUUAAAAACACACAUUCUCUGAAAUAGUAGACAGCAUAGACACAAACAUCACACAAAAGAUAUAAGUUUUGAAUUCUUGGAAAAUGAAUCAAGGAGUUAUUUCAGAUUUUAUAUAAGACAGACGCAUAGAAAUUCUUCUCCAAAUCAGGAUUAUACCGGACAAAAGUGAAACAAUGUUGUUUUGAAAGGAGAUAACUAUUUAUCACUGGAAUUUAAACCGUAUUAACAUAUAUAAAAGUCAGAAAGUACGCAAUUAGAAUAUAUGGAUCAGAGGAUAGCAUGAUUCAAAGUACCUGAUAUACUUUGUCGAAGCAAACUAAUUUCACAUCUAUAACCAAAGCAAUAUUUCGCUAAAUAUAAGGUUUAUAAAAUUUUAUGUGGAGAUCAAUAACCACCUGAGCACAUACCAAAUCUAAGUCUAGAACACAAAUUAGAUCUACGUAAAUAAAUCUUCCCAUUUGCUCCGAGACAGGUCGCUGUUGGAGGCAAGCUUUAGGACUACAUGAUAGGAAUUAGUGCUUUUAUUAAUGGUCUACUUAAAUUCGACGAUCAAAACUGCAGCAGAAUUUUCAAGAAAAAAAGUAGCUCAUGCUUUAUAAGUUGUCUAAGCCAAUGCUGUCUUGGCCCGGUGUCAAUUUAAGCAGGAGCAUCUUCCCCGCACUAGGUGACCCGUAUAAAGAUUAGGUGGGAUACUUUCUAAAUUACACUGUCAUGAUUGUUUCAGAUUUAAUUCACACCUUAUUUUUACACGCAAUAAAAGCAUGUAGAAGCAAAGCAGUGGCUGAAUCAGGUUUUGUUUUGAAAUAAAUAGUGAAUUUCAAAAAGCAAAUCUGAUACAUCAGAAGACUUAUUUGAAUAUAAUUUGUUAUACUUUUCCUGCAAGGCUAUCGGAUACAUAGUAGACAUAUGACGCAUUCUGUUUAAAAAAGGAGUAACUUGAAUUAGAUAUAUUUCAUUUGCUAGUGUACAUUUUGUUUGACAUGGACGCAGAUAGGGGAGAAAGAAUCUUUUUCACGUGCAGGAAAUUGUAAUUCAGUAAUUGCGUCCAAUGACUUAAAGUGUCUGAUGUUAAUACAAUAUGACGUCUGCCAGUCAAAACAUUGGAACUAUGGACGAUUUUGAAUUAUCGUUUUAGGGAAUAUCUUAUCGUAGAUUUUACCCACCUGUUAAUAGCAUUUACCUACAAGCGUUUUGUUUUUUCUGUGUGGUUACCGUUUAAAUUUAUCAUUAAUGUGUGUUGGAAAAAGUUGACACGCGAGAGGCACUUGAUUUUUAAUGUUACAUUUGGUGGUCUCAAAAGUGGUUUUGGCACAGCUUCGAUGAAGGAAUGUAACACGGAACAGAAGAACUGCCUGCAAUACCCCUCAAGUGGCAAUAGACAAUGGAAACGUUUUCCAAAACUAUAUGAUAUAUAAAUAAAUGAAUAGAAACUUAUGAUAUAUUAUGUUAUGAAUAGAAACUUAUGAUAUAUUAUGACAGUUACUGAAGCAAUCAAUGUAAAUAGUUGUACAGAUUUCCAAAGUGGAGACACAAAGUGUUAGGAAUGUAAUGAGAAAGAUCAUUCUGUAAUUGUGCAAAAAAAAAAUCAAGAGGUUGAAUAUUAUCAGUGUGUGAGGUUAUUGAAAAAAAUAAGGAUUACAAUAGAUGGAGACAUGAUGGAAAAUAUGUAAUAAAAAUGAUUGGUGAAAUUCUUUCUCAUCUACUUGGACAAAAAACUUAUAUCAGACAAAACACUAUAGUGAAGUGUUAAAAUGAGAAAACAAGGUUUCUAUGUAUGUCUAUACUUCUACUUGAUGUUUCCCGCCAAUAUAAUUGGACUGUGGUGGGCAGUUGGAAGCCCACUAGUUAUGGAGCCGAAUAAGAUAUGUCGAAAAAAUAGGAAACUUUCUGGAAAACAAAGGCAAAUUUGCCGGCGGGAGAAGGAAAUAGUGGAUGAAGUUGUAAAUGGUGCUAAACUGGCGAUUGCUGAGUGCCAGUACCAGUUUCAGUAUAGAAGGUGGAAUUGCACAACAGCUAGAAAAUCUUUCUCCAGAAUUCUAAGAAGAGAUACAAGGGAAACUGCCUUUGUAUAUGCCAUAACUGCCGCAGGCGUUGUGUUUACAGUCACUAAGGCUUGCAGUAGAGGGAGUUUGAUACAGUGUACAUGUGAUACUAAUCUUAGAGACAUUGCCUCCGACGGCGAAUGGGAAUGGGGAGGUUGCCAUGACGAUGUAAAUUUUGGCUACCUCAAAUCAAAGGAAUUCAUGGACGCGCGGCGGAAGAGGAAGCGUGGAGAUUUGACCACGAAAAUAAGGCUGCAUAAUAAUGAAGCCGGUCGAUUGGCUGUAAGAGAACAUAUGACAAAAGACUGCAAGUGUCAUGGUUUAUCGGGAACAUGUGCCUUAAAAACUUGUUGGAGAAGGAUGCCUUCAUUUAGGGAUGUUGGGUUAAGACUAAAAGACAAAUUUGAUGGUGCAUCUAAAGUGACUAUAUCUAAUGAUGGUAGAAGUCUUGUUACUGAGGACGAUACCAUUAAACCACCUUCAAAUGAGGACAUUUUGUAUACAGAACAGUCUCCUAAUUUCUGCAAACCAAGAAAGAAAUAUGGGUCAUUAGGUACCCAGGGUAGGAUAUGCAACCCAGACUCUAUGGGAAUAGACGGUUGUAGUUUAAUGUGUUGCAACCGAGGGUUCAAAAGUACACAAAUAACAGUGAAUGAAAAUUGCAAAUGUCAGUUUAUUUGGUGUUGUCAAGUGAUAUGUAAAACAUGUACCUCUAUAAAAACUGUUUCGAGGUGCCUUUAAAAAGACAAAGUGAAAAAGUGUAAAUAUUUAAGUGUAAAGUAAGUUUACAAUGGGUUUUUAUUCGUGUUCACUUGUGUGAAGUUACUGAAAAAAAACAGGUAAAAUAUUUUACAAUGUGAAAUUACUGAUAAACAGGCAAAACUAUUCCAAGUGUGAAAUGACUGAUAAACAAGCUAAACAGUCCACAAUGUAAACUGAUAAAGCAGGCGAAGCAAUUUAUAAAUUGAAGUUACCAAAGUUAAACAGGCAAACAUUGGAACUAUAAAGACAAUAGAAAAGGAACAGCCAGGUUUUAUAGCUAAUGGAAACAAAUUAUUGGCUCUUAGGUGGUCAGAUAUGGAAAUUUAUGUUUAAUUGUUUUUAGAUUAAAAAUCUCAAAUAGUGGUGAUUAGUGUGUAUAUAAACGACAAACACAAUUAUUAUGCAAUGUGAGAUUUAACAAUUUCUCUGUUCAACAGAAAACCAUAUAUACAUAUAUUGAUUUACAUUGUGUGUAAAUAUAUCUUUUGCAUUUGUUUCUUUUUCUCAGUCCUUUUUGCUACAAAAGGAAGAGAAAAGUUAGUUAGUCGAUAGAAUAUAUGAGACGAUCCUUUGCAAAGCAUAGACGCAAACAGGCAAAAUCAUAGUAGAUCGGUUUGACUCAGUAACAGGUAUUGAAAUGUGCAAUUUCCCUUACACCCUCUAGCACCAGUCUGUUAAAGUGAAACAGCUACUCUGUUAUCCAAUGAAGAUUGAAUGAAAUUCAUGAUCCCAAAGGACCAGAAAGUAUACCAACAGUGACCAAAUAAAUGAUCUUUGGAUCCAAAACAAAAAUACUUUCGUAUAUGUUCUCUUCAAAGUCAAACACAAAAUAUAUCAUUGAUAAAGCAGCAUGCUUCUCGUCACUCUCAAAGUGGUUGAAAUACAACAGCAAAUGUCGAUAUUGAAACGUAUUGUUAAAUCUAAGAGUGCAUAUAGGUGUUUGUUUUACCUCCCACAAGAUUCUGGCAAUUUCAUUGAAUAAAAGGUGGUCACGUGAUGAAUCCUCGUAUAUUUUUUGACGGUUACUAAAUUUCAUGUUGGUCUAGGCUAAUAGUAAUUGGUUUAACAAAUUAAUUAAAAGGUUUGUUAGUGACCCUACACGGAAAUAUGUAGAGCCAGUAUGAAAAAUAUGGGGACUCGGCUAACGCUUCGUCCCAGUACCUCAUUUAUCAUACUGACCCCAUAUAUUUCCGUUGAGGGUCACUUACAAAUCCAGUAAUUCUUAUUCUAAUAUGCUUGUCUCUGUUAAAACACGCUUACGCUAGAAUGACGUCACGUUAACGUGCGGUGACGUCAAAGUUUUUGUUGCGACCAAGAAAGAGCGCUACUAUAUUUUAUCUACUGUUUUAGAUAAAAGGCUUAGAAUUGAAAUAAUUUAUAGCAAAAGAGUGUUUAAACACUAUUUAUACACACGGGCGGUAAUACGUCGUACAAAUAAUUUCACUGGGGCUGCGCCCUCGAGAAAUUAUUACGCCCGACGUAUAACCGCCCGUCGUGCAUAAAUAAUGUUAAAACACUCUUUUUGCUAUAAAUUAUUUCUUAACUAUAACACUACCAAAGAUUUGGGACGUUCAUUGACUUGUUUCCAUACAGGACCUUUCAUAACACGCCAUAAUAAGUAGGGUAAGAAUAUCAUACGUAGAAUUCAAUUCUGUACUAUGCUGCAGUAGUUGUAUCACAAUUAUUUUCAUUUAAGGUGAUUCUGCACGUUUGGGUCGAAUUUUUUUUCAACAGUGUAGAAUUGACUAAACUCUAAUUUUUUUUAAAACUUCAGAAUAUACAUAGAAAAUUUGGACCUCAUGCAAUUUUUCAUUAUGGGAGUCUAUGGGAAAAUAAUAACUUUCAUAACAUUUUCGCGAAUAUAAUUUUUUCUGUAAUGUAGUUUUUGAUGAAAUUUCUCACAGUUGUAAAUAUAUACAUGCCUAUAAUUUGUGAAAUAAAAUGUAUAGGUCCGUGUCCUUAUUUUUGAGAUAUUUGACCAUGAUUAAAGGGAACCGGACACUUCACGUUGAUUCAUACAUAAAUUGAUUUUUAUUUCCGUACGCCGAAUCCAGGCUUUAUAUUACGUUUUCCGGAUAAAUGACUUUACGCCAUCUCUUCCGGUGUUUUAAACGGAAGCUUAGAUUACCCCUCCUUAUAAAGUGGACACGACUCCAAUGAACGUUCAAUAGCAAAGUUUUCAAGCAGAUUAGAUUAAUCUAAAUUAAGCAAAUUAUAAACCGAUGUUAAUUAAACUGGUAAAUCAAAAUACAAAGCAUAAAGAUAAAAUUCCGUCUUUUGUGAAUAAAGUUUCUAUUGUGUGGCUAACACUGUUGCAAGAUUUUUAAAAUGCUUUGUCGAUCACAUCAGCAAAUGUACAUUUUUGGAUAAAAUAAAUGAUGCUUCAAACAAAAUGAAUUGCUUUUACCUCUAUAAGUAAUUAUUGCAUUUACUAAUUAUUGAAAUGACUUUCUACAUUUCAAUUUCUUUGCACAAAGCUGGAGGUGUGCCGCUUUAGAUUUAAAGUUGCCGACUCGUAAUGAUACUCGGCAAUUUCCGUACGUCUCCGUAAUCUCCGUAUUCUAUGUCGGCAUUCUUCGGCGGUCAGAAGCACAUGUAUUGUCGUAUUUACGGAAAAUGCCGAAAUCGCAUACUGAGAUUAAGUAAUCUACCGGAAAUCACCGAUUGUCAUGACGUGUCCAUUAUCUUAAUAUUUAAUUUUAAAGUAAGAGUUUCGUUUCUCUUGUAUACUUUCAUGUAAAAAAGCUUUUUGUACUUCAAAUGUUGCAUGUUGUUUUGUACAGUUUAUAUCAUUGAUUGAUAUGUAAAUUUAAUGAAAAUGAAGGGUCAUGCAAUGUA